AUGUCGGCCACGCCUCCCUCCCCCGUGCCCAAGAAGACGGACGAGCGCCUGCUCUUCGCCGUGCCCAAGAAGGGCCGUCUGCACGACAAGAUCCUCAAGCUGCUCAAGGGCGCGGGCCUGGACUACCACCGCCCCAACCGCGUGGACAUCGCGCUGUGCUCGAGUCUGCCGGUCACGCUCGUGUUCCUGCCGGCCUCGGACAUCGCCACGUACGUGGGCGAGGGCAACCUGGACCUGGGCAUCACGGGCCAGGACAUCAUCGCCGAGAGCAGGACCAACGUCGAGGAGCUGCUGCAGCUGGGCUUCGGCAAGUGCGCGCUGGGCGUGCAGACGCCCGUCAAGGACGCCGUCGCGGCGCCCGAGCUGCUGGCGGGCAAGCGCAUCGUCACGAGCUUCCCGGAAGUCACGCGCGACUACUUCAAGCAGUUCGAGACGGAGGCCACGGGCCCCACCAAGAUCAAGUACGUGGGCGGCUCCGUGGAGGCCGCGUGCUCGCUGGGCCUGGCCGACGGCAUCGUGGACCUCGUGGAGACGGGCACCACCAUGAAGGCCGCGGGGCUCGAGAUGAUCUCGACGAUUUUGACUACCCAGGCCGUGCUCAUCGCCAACCCGCAGUCGGCGCACAAGGACCUGGUGCACAAGGUGCACCAGCGCAUCCUGGGCUACAUCACGGCCACCAAGUACCGCAUGGUCACGUACAACGUGGACCAGGAGAAGCUGGACGAGGCCACCAAGAUCACGCCCGGACGCCGCUCCCCCACGGUCAACACGCUGGUUGGAGGAGGCUACGCUGUGUCUGCUAUGGUGGAGGAGAAGAACGUGUCCGAGGUCAUGGACCAGCUCCACGCGAUCGGCGCCACGGACAUCAUGAUCUUCAACAUCGAGAACUGCCGCGCGUAG